UAAACUUCGCAGUCCAAAGUCUAUUGGACGGUAAACAAUUACGCAAGUUGCUUUUCCUGUCUUCAUAAGGCUAGGGUUCUGUCAUUCAAUUGAUACACGAAGAGUAAAAGAGACAAACCAUAAUGUUGACGCUUAUUUCAGUUUUAAUGCUCAAUGUGUGGGCAAUAACAGCAGAUUUACUUUCACCGAACAUCGACAUCCUCGCUGAACUGCAGAAGAUAACAAACAUGGAAAUCAGGAUGAAAUCAAUGGAGAGCGAAAUGGAACAACUACGAACAAAAAACACAGGUAAAAUACUACAGACAGUUGUGUUUAAAGACCACGCUGAGACAGGGCCUGAAAGAUUCAGCAUCGAUUCAUUCUUCUUAGAAAAUUCACAGGAGCAAGAGCUGGCGUCCUUGAAUGUUAAAAUGAACGAGAGAAAGAUCAAAAUGAAUGAACUAGAAACAGAAAAUAAAGCACAGGCAAUAAAGCUGGAGGUCAUGUAUGGUACAAUGAAUGACAUCAAGUUUAAAGUGGAUGAACUUAUAAAACAAAAAAAUGGUAAUAACUUGUCAUCUCAUAUAUUUUAUGUCUUAGCUUCAAAAGUGGUUUUCUCAACAUCUCUGUUGUCCUCGAAUGGGCCUCAUGGCAGUUUACACACACUGAUUUACAAACACGUCUUUCUCAACACUGGAAAUGCCUACGAUCCAAACACAGGAAUCUUUACAGUGCCUAUGAGGGGAAUCUAUGUAUUCAUGGUGUUUUCAAAGGCCUAUGGAAAUCGAGAUAAAGCUGUGGUCGCAGGCCUGUUUAAAAACGAUCAACAUGUGUUUUCUACAUAUGCACGUCAGGAUGGUGGAUUCAUCAGCUCUUCGAAUGGAGUUUCCCUGUUGCUGGAAAGGGGUGAUAAAGUUUACGUAAAUCUUUACCCAGGAUAUUGGAUUUUUGACAAUGAACAUCAUCAUAGCACCUUUAGUGGACACCUGCUUUUCCAAAUGUGAUCAGAACAUGUCCC